AUGACCUCCCAAAGGGGAUACUUGAUGCCCCCCAUUUCUCCCGUGUUUCGGACCGUCGACACCGAGAGAAAAGCUAGGCAUAGCCUGAGAGGAGAUCAAUGGUACCCCGAAUGGAUCAGGCAAGGUCAGUACAACAUCGUUAUAUGUAGUUCUACCUGUUCGUUUGUGCUUGGGUGUGAUGCUUCAACCGCAAGGGUACCGGAACAAGGACCCUUGCGUUACGUCCUCCCCACCGCGGGGCACUUUAGGACCACGGAGGAUGACGGACGGCUGGGAAUUGUGGAAGGUGAAGAAGCCAUGCGCCAAAACAACCGCAAACUUGUGAUGCAUGCACAGUACGGCCGUUCUAAAAGCGAGGACGCUAUUCGCAGAUUUAAGUGA